AUGUCGGCGCUGCGCUGGGGCCGCGGCGCGGCGGGGCUGAGGCGGGCGCUGCGGGCCGAGGAGGUGCGGGGCCGGCCCGGGCUGCGAGUGCAGGAAGGGACCCCAGGCACCUGGGGCUCCAAGAGGCGCAGCUCUUCGGCCAGUCCUCAGGAGCAGGAUGGGCGGAAGGACUGGGGCCACGCACAGCUGCUGGAAGUGCUGGAGGCUCGAGUGCGACAGCUCCAAGCAGAGACUGUGUCGGAGGUGAUGGUGAAGCCGGUGGAGGUGGCCCGGCUCCCGUUGUCCGGGGAGGCCCAGGCGCGGCCGGGCUCCUGCAGCCGCUGGGCCAGCAAGCUGGACCAGGAGAAGCAGACACUGCAGAAGCGCCGGCAGCGGCUGGAGGUGAAGCUGCAGGUGCAGGCCCAGCAGCGGGCCCAGGAGCUGCAACCCCGACAGCUGCGCGUGGAGCCGCGGCUGCUGAGCCCGCAGCUGGCCAGCCGCCUGCCGCGAGGGCCGCGGGGACCCCCUGAGAGCCCCUGGGAGGAGCCACUAGCCCAGGCACUGCGGGCGGCGCCCCAGAAGCUGGACCGCGAGCCGACGCGGACGCCCUACGUGUCGGGCCAUCAGCAGAGGCUACUGUCAUUCCUCCAGUGCUGUGUGGUCGCCGAGCAGCUGCCCCUGGCCCACCACGUGCUGGUCAGCUACCACAGCAAGCCCCGCAGGCAGCAGCUGCUCACGCUGCCCAUGUACAACACCGUCCUGCUGGGCUGGGCCCGCAAGGGCUCCUUCAAGGAGCUGCUCUAUGUGUUCUGGAUGUUGAAGGACGCUGGCCUCGCUCCCGACCUGCAGUCCUACGCGGCCGCCCUGCAGUGCAUGGGGCGGCGAGACCAGGACGCUGGUACCAUCCGGAGGUGCUUGCGGCAGCUGCGCCAGGAUGGUCUGCAGCUCUCGCAGCUCUUCACGGCCAUAACCCUGUCGGAGGAGGAGCGGGCUGCGCUGCUGAAGGCCGUGGUCAAGGUUGAGCCCACCUUCAGCCCACCGCCCCCGCCCCCGCCCCAGCUCAACACCUCGACGCUGCUCCAGGGGGUGUAUGCCAAGGACAGCCCCGCGUCCUACCCCAAGCUGCCCCUGUCCCUGGAGGCCCUGCAGAGUCUGUUCCAGCAGCAGUUGCGCUUGGAGCUGGGCAGCGUUGUCCACGUCACAUCCGUGGAGAAGGCCCCACUGCCCACCCAGGAGACCCUGCACGCGCGUCAGACCUUGAAGACCCUACGUGACCAGUGGGAGGCGGACCUGCACCGGGGCCUGCAGGAAACCAAGGCCAGGCUGGCCCGUGAGGCCCACAAGGGCCACCCUUCACUCUACCCCUACCUGUGCCUGCUCAGUGAGGGCGAGUUGGUACAGCUGCUGAUGCAGACUCUGCAGGCGGUGCCAGCCCAGGGGGAGUCCCUCAUCUCCCUGGCUUACAACCUGGGCCUGCGGGUCUUCAACCGGCACGUGGUGCACAGGAAACAGCUGAGCGGCCAGGUGCGGCAGCUCCAACAGCAGUACCUGCAGUACCUGCACCUGCUGGCCUCCGACACCCAGGUGGCGCAGCCCUGCCUGCCCCGAGAGUACUGGGAGAUGCUGGGUGGCCCUGCGCCGCCGCCUGAGCAGCCCUGGCCGCCUGUGGUGCUACUGCAGCUGGGCAGGCAGCUGGCCGAGGUGCUGGUGCAGGCCGCCCAGAUGCCCCGCAGCCUGGCCGUGCCACAGGGCGCCUGUAGACUCGUCCCGGUGCUGUACCACGUGUAUUCAUUCCGCAGCUUUCGCCAGAUCGGCAUCCUGAAGCCGCACCCGGCCUUCACGCAGCUGCUGGCGACGGCGGCGGAGCCCACGCUGACCUUCGAGGCUGCCGAGGUGCCCAUGCUGUGUCCCCCGCUGCCUUGGACCUCACCGCAUGCUGGCGCCUUCCUGCUGACGCCUACCAAGCUGAUGCGGGCGGUGGAGGGCACCACGCAACACCAGCGCCUCCUAGAGCGUUGCCCACCCGCCCAGCUGCACGGAGCCCUGGACGCCCUUACCCAGCUGGGCAACUGCGCCUGGCGCGUCAACGGCCGCGUGCUGGACCUGGUGCUGCAGCUCUUCCAGGCCAAGGGCUGCCCCCGCCUGGGCGUGCCCCCGCCGCCCUGCGAGGCUCCCAGGCCCCCCGAAGGCCGUCUGCCCCGUGGUGCCCCACCGGCCCGCAAGGCGGAACUGCGGCGGGAGCUGGCGCGGUGCCUCAAGGCGGCCCGGGAGAUGCGCAGCCUGCGCGCCGACGCCCUGUACCGCCUCUCGCUGGCCCAGCACCUGCGGCACCGCGUCUUCUGGCUGCCCCACAACAUGGACUUCCGUGGUCGCACCUACCCUUGCCCGCCCCACUUCAACCACCUGGGCAGCGACCUGGCCCGCGCCCUGCUGGAGUUUGCCGAUGGCCGCCCGCUCGGCCCCCACGGGCUCGACUGGCUCAAGAUCCACCUGGUCAACCUCACGGGACUCAAGAAGCGCGAGUCCCUGCAGGCCCGUCUGGCCUUCGCCAACCAGAUCCUGGAUGACAUCCUGGACUCAGCCGACCAGCCCAUGACGGGCCGCAAGUGGUGGAUGGACGCGGAUGAGCCAUGGCAGACCCUGGCCUGCUGCAUGGAGGUGGCGCGCGCGGUGAGGGCCCCGGACCCCGCUACCUACAUCUCCCACUUCCCAGUGCACCAGGAUGGCUCCUGCAAUGGCCUGCAACACUAUGCCGCAUUGGGCCGCGACAGCGUGGGCGCCGCCUCUGUGAACCUGUUGCCCUCCGAGCUGCCGCAGGACGUUUACAGCGGCGUGGCUGCGCAGGUGGAGGUGUUCCGCAGACAGGACGCGGAGCAGGGCGUGCGGGUGGCCCAGGCGUUGGACGGCUUCGUGAGCCGCAAGGUGGUGAAGCAGACCGUGAUGACGGUGGUGUACGGCGUCACGCGCUACGGCGGCCGGCUGCAGAUCGAGAAGCGGCUCCGGGAGCUGCAGGACUUCCCGCAGGAGCUGGUGUGGGAAGCCUCCCACUAUUUGGUACGCCAGGUGUUCCACAGCCUCCAGGAGAUGUUCUCGGGGACCCGGGCCAUCCAGCACUGGCUCACCGAGAGUGCCCGCCUCAUCUCGCACGCUGGCUCAGCUGUGGAGUGGGUCACGCCCCUGGGCAUCCCUGUCAUCCAGCCCUACCACCGAGACUCCAAACUGCAGGUCAGAGGUGGCAUCCAGAACUUGACCUGCCACAGCAGCUGGGACAGCAGCCAGAAGCCCAACGUGCUGAAGCAGAGAAACGGGUUCCCGCCCAACUUCAUCCACUCGCUGGACUCGAGCCACAUGAUGCUGACCGCCCUGCACUGUUACAGGAAGGGCCUGACCUUCGUGUCCGUCCACGACUGCUUCUGGACCCACGCGGCCGACGUCCCGGUCAUGAACCAGGUGUGCCGGGAGCAGUUUGUGCAGCUGCAUCAGCAGCCCAUCCUGCAGGACCUGUCCCGUUUCCUCGUACAGCGCUUCUGCGCCAGCCCGCCAAGGGGACAGAAGCUCUCACAGCACAUCCACCACACAAGGUUGCUGGAGACACUGCGGGCUGUACCCGAGACAGGCGCCUUCGACCUGGAGCAGGUGAAAGAAUCCACCUAUUUCUUCAGCUGAGCGAGGAAUAAAGGGCGGCCGCCCGCGGACAC